AUGUCAGGAAACAACAUAGUAGAAAUCUACAACGGCGCACCAGCCGACUUCCCCAUCACACCUCCCAAAACCAGCGACUACACCGCCCGCCAACUCAUCACCGUCUACGGCACCGACAAGCCCAACCUCGCCCUGCUCAUCAGCGAGGCCUGGAAAGAGCUGCGAACAUACUUCACCACCGACCCCGUGGUGCGAGAGCUGGCCCUAUUCCUCUACUGGAGCAGCCAGUCCGGCGUCGGCUCAUCCCCCUCCGGCCAGCUAGACCUGUUCGACAACGAUGAAGACGCCGCCUGGGAUGCGCCGUCGGGCAAUACCUCUGGUGCUGCUGUUUGUCUGGGUGAGAGGGGCCCGACGGAGGAGCAGAGAGUGUGGGGACAUCGGCUGCUGGAGAGGGCGAGGGAGAGGUUUCGCAUCAUGCAGAUUCACCGCGCGGUGCUGAUCCACUUUGUUGAUGUUGAGGGCCCGUGGGCAGGUGAUCCGGAGAUGCAGGCGGAUAUCUUUGAGCUGACGUGGAAGAUGCUGAAGGCGGCGAUAUUGAGGUUUAGGGAGAUGGUGCUGUUGGAGGAGGCGAUGGGUAUCUUGGAUGGGAGGUGUAUUAACGAGGACGAAGACGAGUACUAUGAUGCGUCUGAGAUGGCGGCGAGUGUGGAUGGGAGGGAGUACUGCACGUUUGAGGAUUUUGUAAGGCCGCAGAGGAGGACGAGGACUGUUUGA